ACACAGGGCCCAUUUUAAAUCACAUGUACGCCCACUGUGUGCGUGCCUGAGGUGAGGCAGAGUGGACGGUUACUUGCAGAUUGUGUUGUAUUUGUCUGAAAAAAUCGCAGCGUUUCUCCAGUAUGAGCUCCCAGAUUACUUGUGUCGGGUGGGUGAAGCGAGGCGUUGCCAAGGAAACGCCGGACAAAGUUGAGCUGAGCAAAGAGGAGCUUCAACGCAUCAUUACUGAAGCAAAGGAAGAGUUGGGGACUCUUGCAGCUGAGGAGGAAGAAGAGGAUGAUGAGGGUAUGGGUCCAGAACUGAAUCCUAGUAACUUUACAGCUGAUGCUGCUGAAGUUCCAAAGGACGAGAAUGAAGAGGGAAAGGAGGAAGAUGAUGAUCUGGCAGAGUACGGCCUGGAUAAAUAUGAUGAAGAAGAUUCAGCCACUGCUAAUCUCGGCGACAGUCUGGCUGGGCUCACAGUGUUCAGCUCUAAUGAGGAGGAUCCUUACAUCACCCUCAAAGACACAGACCAGUAUGAGCGAGAAGACUUCCAAAUCAAACCCGGUGACAAUCUCAUCCUGGCAGGCAGGGCAGAGAAAGACUGCUGCAACUUGGAGAUAUAUGUUUAUAACUCAGAGGAGGACUCCAUGUAUGUUCAUCAUGAUAUUCUGCUGCCAGCUUACCCACUGUGUGUGGAGUGGCUAAACUUUGACCCAAACCCUGGAGAGGGAUCAGCCAACUACGCCGCUGUGGGCAACAUGACUCCUCAGAUAGACGUGUGGGACCUAGAUGUGGUGGACUGUUUAGAACCUGUCUUCUCCCUGGGCAGCAAAAAGGCCUCAAAGAAGAAAAAGAAGAGCAAGAAGGGGGCAGCAGCAGAGCCUGUCGAGGGGCACACGGACGCAGUGCUGGAUUUGUCCUGGAACAAACUCGUCAGGAAUGUGUUGGCCAGUGCAUCAGCAGAUGAGACUGUUAUCUUGUGGGAUCUGUCUCAAGGCAAACCAGCCACAACUCUUCGCAGACACACUGAUAAGGUUCAGACGUUAUCAUUCCACCCAUUUGAGGCACAGACUCUGAUAUCUGGAUCAUAUGACAAGACAGCCGUCCUGUACGACUGCAGGAGUCCAGACAACAGCUAUCGGACUUGGAGGUUUAGUGGUCAGGUGGAGCGCCUGGUCUGGAACCACUUUUCACCCUGUAACUUCCUGGCCAGCACAGAAGAUGGUUUUGUCUACUGUCUGGAUGCACGCUCAGAUAAACCUGUUUUCACACUGAGGGCACAUGAUGAAGAAGUGUCAGGUUUGGACCUGAGCAGCCAGAUUAAAGGAUGCCUGGUCACAUCAUCAUCUGACAAACAUGUUAAAAUUUGGGACAUUUUGGGUAACAAACCCAAUCUGGUGCAUUCACGGGAUAUGAAAAUGGGAGUGCUGUUCUGUGCUUCAUGUUGCCCUGAUCUGCCCUUCGUCUACUCCUUUGGGGGGCAGAAGGAUGGUUUGAGAGUUUGGGAUAUAAGUGACGUUGCAGCAGUGGCUGAGGUGUUUGGUAGUCGAGAACGCUUAGUGCCGAACACAGGAUCACAGGCAUCCAGCAGUGCAGCCACAACAGAGAUGGACGUCUCCUAGUGACCCUUUGAAUGCAGCAACUGCCUGUAAACAUGAA